UGGGAAACAAACAUGUAAACAAAGCGAAGUUCACACAGUUUGGUGCAUUCAAAAUGGUAGUGGGUGAAUAACACGGUGAUUAUCAGAGCGGAAAGUUGACUUUCUACUGAUUGAAACCCUCGAGACCGGUUGAGUUUGUUGUCGUGUGCAAAUGAAGCGCGAGAAAAUUACUCUAAACGGGCUCAGACACGAAACCUAAAAAGUUUCGUAUCACUUCAAGCCGGAGUCAGUGCUUAUGCCCCGACAUGGAUUUCAUCAAGGACCUCUCACUGGGACAUCUUUUAUCUUCACCGAGAACCCAUGCAGACACAGUUGAUCCUCCGGCAGACACCUGAAGAGAUGCAGCUCUCCUCAGAGUUCAGUGGUCAGCUCGUGAGAGUGAAAUUGGAACCACCAGAUGUUCCGUGUUCACCAGAAAAAGGCCAGACACAGCAACAGCACUGCAACGAGUCUUCAUCAGGAGGUGAUGCUGAUGGGGCAGCAGUUGGGAUGUGUCCCAUUAAAGAAGAACCUCAAGAGGAAUCUUCGAAUGAAGAUCCAAUCAUAGAAGUGAAGACAGAGCCUUACAAUGUUCCAGUCUUGGCAGAAGAGGAACAGAAGAGAACAGAGGAACAGGCAGAGGGACACAGCUGUGACCCAACAUCAGAAGAGUUCUUCCAGAGCACAGACCUGGAUCGUCACAAGAGGACCCACACUGAUGAGAAGUUGCACAAGUGUAAUGUCUACCUUGCAGACAUCAACCGGAAGGGGUACCUACUGGAGCAUAAGCGGACACACACGGGUGAGAAGCCAUUCAAGUGUGAUGUCUGCCCUGCAGAGUUCAGCCGGCACGGGUACCUACGGGUUCAUAAGCGGACACACACGGGGGAGAAGCCAUACAAAUGUGAUGUCUGCCUUGUGGAGUUCAGCCAGAAUGGGCACCUGCAGUACCACAAGCGGACGCACACCGGCGAGAAGCCAUACAAGUGCAAUGUCUGCCCUGCAGAGUUCAGAGGGAGCCAGAGCCUACUGCAUCACAAGCGGACACACCCGGAUGAGAAGCCGUACAAGUGCAAUGUCUGUGCUGCAGCGUUCAGCCGGAAUGACUGCCUACAGCAUCACAAGCGUACGCACACGGACGUGAAGCCAUACAAGUGCGAUGUCUGCCCUGCAGAGUUCAGCCGGCACGGGUACCUACGGGUUCAUAAGAGGACACACACGGGUGAGAAGCCAUACAAAUGUCAUGUCUGCCUUGCGGAGUUCACCCAGAAGGGGCACCUACAGCGCCACAAGCGGACACACACAGACGAGAAGCCAUACAAGUGCGAUGUCUGCUCUGCUGAGUACAGAGGGAGCCAUGGCCUACUGCAUCACAAGCGGACACACACGGGUGAGAAGCCAUACAAGUGCAAGGUCUGUGCUGCAGCAUUCAGCCGAAAUGACUGCCUACAGCACCACAAGCGGAAACACACAAGCAAGAAGCCAUACAAGUGUGAUGUUUGCCCUGCAGAGUUCAGGUGGAGCCAGAGCCUACUGCAGCACAAGCGGACACACACAGGAGUGAAGCCAUACAAGUGCGAUCUUUGUGCUGCAGAGUUCACCCGGAGUGCAGAUGUGCAGCGCCACAAGAGGUGGCAUACAGGUGAGAAGCCAUACAAGUGUGAUAUCUGCCUUGCGGAGUUCAGCCGGAGCACAGACAUGCAGCGUCACGAGAGGAUGCACACAGGUGAGAAGCCUUACAAGAGCAAUGUCUGCCCUGCAGAGUUCAGAGAGACCAGGUACCCUAAGCGUCACAAGCGAACACACAUGGGUGAGCAGCCAUAGAUGUGCGACCUCUGUCUGGCAAAAAUCAGCCACAGCGUCGAGUGACAAGCCAUACAGGAGCAUUCUCUGUUCUGCAAACUUCAGGCAAAUCACAAACCUGCCCCUGUGUGAGGGGGCUUUUAUGGACAUGAAGCCAUACAAUUGCAACCUCUGUCCUGCAGAGUUCAGCCAGUGUACUCACACACACUAGCCAUAGAACACGCUGCUAGCAGAGCAAGAGCUGGUUUGGCUCGUUUGUGAACCUGUGCUUACACAAGUAGCCAUGAGGUGUCUGGGAUAGCAACAGUACAAGUGUAGAGACCGUGUAGACAAGAAAGAGACCAUCCAAGGAUCAGUUCUAUUGUCCUAGACGCGGAGGCCUGAAGAAGCACAUGGUCAUGUGCAGACGCUGUAGAGACGCAGUUCGUAUCCCACAUCAUUCUAUUUCUGUUGGAUGUUUUGGAACUCAAGCUCACGAGCAGACUGAGGUUGAAAAAGAGUUGGACUGGUGUUGGAUUGGUGGAUUGGGUGGUGAUGCAUGUGAAAUGUCAGGAAACCCAGUGUCAGGGGAAUGACUUCUCUGGAGGGAUCACUGUGAGACAGUCCUGUGUGCCAAGAGAGAUUAAAACCAGUUGUGAUGUU